AUGAAUAAAGGAAUACCUGAACCCGAGUUCGAAGCACAUGGCGAGGAUGCACGGCCUUCAAUUGAAUAUUCAGUUCCAGGAGACGACGAGACCAGCAACUGCAUCGACUGGGAUGGACCAGACGAUCUCUCCAAUCCAAUGAACUGGCCUGAUGCUCGAAAAUGGUCAAUCAUAGCCUUGGUAUCGUUUAAUACAUUUAAUGUAUCAAUGGCAGCGAGCAUUUUCACCCCAGGAGUUCCGCAAAUGCUGCGCAACUUUAACAAUACAAACUCUCAACUCUCCACAUUUGUGGUGUCAGUUUACAUCGUUGGGUUUGUUAUUGGACCUCUGAUAUUUUCACCGACCAGCGAAAUCUAUGGGAGGCUUCCAAUCACCCAUGUGUCAAAUAUCAGUUUCUUAAUCGCGACAGUUAUCUGUGCAGUAUCAGUGGAUGUACCGAUGCUAAUCGUGUUCCGAUUGCUCAUGGGACUUUCUGGCUGUGUGCCAGUCACCCUGGGGGGGGGUAUUAUUGCAGAUCUCAUGUCGGUUGAGAGAAGGGGUACAGCCCUCACAAUCUGGGCCGUAGGGCCUCUAUUGGUCCGGUUAUCGGAGGGUAUAUGGCACUCCGUUCGGGAUGGAGAUGGACAUUUUGGCUAG